UCUUACUUCAGUCUUCGUACAGUCUUUGCUUUAACCCGUUCCAACUCUGUCCGCCGCUAAGCUCGUUGGCUCUCUAUAGGAAUCGAAUCGAAUCACCUAGUAUAACAGCAGAAGUAGCAUCAGGUCGGUAGCCCACGUUGUUCCCCGGUUUCGUUCCGUUCAGCCAUCAUUGAAAGUUGGCGUCGCAGUCGCUGUUGCCGUCGCUGCCUACGUCCCAAACCAACCACUGCCGCACGCCUCCGACAACGCCAGCGACAUCCUCUCCACCACCGCUGGUAGCACCAUCAGCAGCAGCAAUAGCACGGCAGCGGGAGCCACAACCAGCACCAGAACACUCUCACACACUCUCCACUCACUGACGAAUUUCAAUAUCCAAAUCAAAGUCGGGUUCAAAUCGAAAACAGCCGCAACAGCAGCAACAACGCCUCGCAAACAGCAAGCGGAUAAUGAUAAAAAGAAAAUAACACGCGCAGUUCGCAUCCAGUGCCCGACUCGAACAGAUCACAUCAGUCCAGAUCCCAGUCCCCGAGAAUAUUUUAAUCGAAGCUUUAAAAAUUCACUAAUUGAAAAGUAAAAUCGAAUCGACUUCCGGCUUCGUGGUGUUUUCACUUUUCGCGUGUGUCAAUCAAAUACAAAAUCCUUACAUAUAAAACUGUUCCUUAAUUUUCGUUUCUCAGUGUCUUUAACGCACGCUUUCUAAAAUAGCCAUAAUUACAAGACCCGCAAGGACAGCAAUAAACCAAACAAAAAUAUUUAUUGAAAAUAAAUUCAUUCUACAUUCAACUUCAACGACUUUGACUCGACACUUAAUUGAAAAUACCAAAAAUAAAGAAAAUCAAAAAUCCGAUACUUCAAACGCGCCAAAAAGAAAAAAACUCUCAAGUAACAACCAAGUGCUAAAAUUAGAAGCGGAGAAAUUUAAUCAACAUUUGUUGCCAAUAAAACUGUCAUCAUUGCUGCGUUAACAGAAAACACGGCGUCAGCAGCGAUUGCAGCGCUCAGUAUCAGCAGCAGCUCUCAAGCGUCGCUUGCCGCCAACGCCCCCGCCACACCCACACCGCCGCCCACUUCGUCAGUGGCAGGAGCUGCAGCUACGGUAAAGAACGAGAUCGUUGCAUCUGAUUCGGCCGAAUCCUCCCCUAUACAAGAUUUAAUAAUGCGCGGAAGCGACGAACUUUUGAGUCAAGCAGCGGUCAUGGCGCCCGCUUCCGACAAUAACAAUCAGGACCUGGCCACAAAGAAGGCCAAACUGGAGCCGGGCACUGUGCUGGCCGGCGGAAUUGCCAAGGCCUCAAAAGUCAUCCACUUGCGCAACAUUCCGAACGAGUCCGGCGAGGCAGAUGUGAUUGCCCUGGGCAUUCCGUUUGGACGUGUGACCAACGUGCUGGUGCUCAAGGGCAAGAACCAGGCUUUCAUCGAGAUGGCCGACGAGAUCUCCGCAACGUCAAUGGUGUCCUGUUACACAGUAACUCCGCCCCAGAUGCGCGGCCGCAUGGUCUACGUGCAGUUUUCUAAUCAUCGCGAACUAAAGACGGACCAAGGUCACAACAACUCGACCGCCCAUAGCGACUACAGCGUCCAGUCCCCGGCGAGCGGAUCGCCUCUGCCCCUUAGCGCCGCUGCCAACGCGACCAGCAACAAUGCAAACAGCUCAAGCGACAGCAACAGCGCCAUGGGAAUCUUACAAAACACAAGCGCCGUCAAUGCGGGCGGCAACACCAACGCUGCCGGGGGACCCAAUACUGUGCUCCGUGUGAUUGUCGAGUCCUUGAUGUACCCCGUCUCGCUGGACAUACUGCACCAGAUCUUCCAGCGCUACGGCAAGGUGCUGAAGAUUGUCACCUUCACAAAGAACAAUUCAUUCCAGGCCCUCAUCCAAUAUCCGGACGCCAAUUCCGCCCAGCACGCCAAGUCGCUCCUGGACGGGCAGAAUAUAUACAACGGUUGCUGCACGUUGCGUAUUGAUAACAGCAAGCUGACGGCUCUGAAUGUUAAGUACAACAACGACAAAUCGCGCGACUUCACUAACCCCGCUCUGCCACCUGGUGAACCGGGAGUGGAUAUCAUGCCCACCGCCGGCGGACUGAUGAACACCAAUGAUUUGCUUUUGAUCGCCGCCCGUCAGCGACCUUCUCUCUCAGGUGAUAAAAUAGUCAACGGCCUGGGCGCCCCCGGAGUCCUGCCGCCCUUUGCCUUGGGCCUGGGCACUCCACUGACCGGUGGAUACAACAACGCACUGCCCAACUUAGCAGCUUUCUCGCUGGCCAACAGUGGCGCCCUGCAGACGACCGCUCCUGCAAUGCGAGGUUACUCGAAUGUCUUGCUUGUCUCGAAUUUAAAUGAGGAGAUGGUCACGCCUGAUGCUCUCUUUACCCUUUUUGGUGUAUACGGCGAUGUGCAACGUGUAAAGAUUCUGUACAACAAGAAGGACUCGGCACUCAUACAAAUGGCGGAGCCCCAGCAAGCUUAUUUGGCCAUGUCUCACCUUGAUAAAUUACGUUUAUGGGGAAAGCCGAUACGUGUGAUGGCAAGCAAACACCAGGCCGUCCAGCUGCCCAAGGAGGGACAGCCGGACGCAGGACUCACACGUGACUACUCGCAAAAUCCGUUGCACCGCUUCAAGAAACCGGGAAGCAAGAACUACCAGAACAUCUAUCCGCCGUCGGCGACACUACAUUUAAGCAACAUUCCCUCAUCCUGCUCUGAGGAUGACAUCAAAGAAGCUUUCACCUCAAACAGCUUUGAAGUUAAGGCAUUCAAAUUUUUCCCGAAGGACCGUAAAAUGGCACUGCUUCAACUGUUGUCCGUGGAGGAGGCUGUCCUAGCACUGAUUAAGAUGCACAACCACCAGCUGUCCGAGUCGAAUCACCUGCGUGUAAGCUUCUCGAAGUCGAACAUCUAGAAUCCGAUGCGAAGUCAGGUUUACUGAACCUGACUAGGUACCUCCGGCGGGUACAGCUACAUACAGAUGCAUCAGCAGCAACACCUUCAGAUCCAUUGGCAGCAACAAAUACAAACUAUAAUCCGUAGUACAAGAAAAAUGCACGCAAACUUCUACUGAAAUGGCAGACUCCAGAAGCACUACCCACCCAAUCCAACAUAAUAAUCAGCAGAAACAAUCGAUGCAAGAGCUAUACCAAUUUUAAACAAUUCAACUCACUCUAAGAACUGUUUUCUGUUCAUACACUACCCCUUAGUGGGAAAGACACAAACAAUUAAGGAAUCUUACUGAAUUGAUAAAGAAAAAACUACAAAUAAAUAUACAUGAAAAUUACCACGAAAAUAGCAUUUUAAGUUAUGGCACGCGCAGACAACAAAACAAACAAACAACCCACAAACUAACAAUCAGCAACAUCGUAACUUAAGCUUAACUUUAAACCUAUAGUUCGUAAGAAACCUGCAUUGCAUAAAAAAAACAAAACAAAAAAUAUAUGAUGAGUAGAGAGGAGUUAAGUAUGUUUAAAGUAAAAAGAGAAAGAUCGUAACUUAAAAUAUUUUUAGUGCACUGUACUGUGUUUUGGUUUUAAAAAACGACAGAAAGUCAAAAACAUACGAAGGAAGAAAUUAUGUUAAAAAUGAAUUAAGGCAAUGUUUUAUUAUGUACAUGAUGCUGUUAUUAUAUUUUAAAUGAAUGCAACUUAACUUUAGUUUUUUACAAGUGCGCAAUUUCAAUUGAAGAAAUAGCAUACCCGUAGCUAAUAGAUGUUUUAAUUUAAAAAAGUAAAAAGUAAGAAAGUAUUUAGAAAAACGGUCCCGAAUAAACACAUCGAGCCCUAAGCAUAUUGAAGUAUAGCAAGGCAAUGUGAAAUAACGUUAAAUGGAAUUUAAGAAAAUUGUAUUAAUUUUAAUAAACCUAUAUAAAUCAAUAAUUUGGACAAUGCAAAGAUAUAUCCUUGGCACGUCCGUUUGUUUAGACUAACGGGAAAAUAAUAAUUUUAAAGGCAGUUAAAUCAACGCGUACGUAAACCUUUUGUGUGUAUGUAUAUGUAAAUGUUGUUAAACUAGCGCAAAUUAUACAAAACCGACAUGUAUGUAUUGAACUACAAAAAACAGGAAACAGGAAAUUAAACCAAUUUUAAGCUAAAAAGUAUAAUCUUAAAGUAUGUAUCAAAACACAAAAGGUAAUAAUAUAUUAUCAUAGACGUACUGGUAACGAAAGACAUACGUGUUUUAGCAAGAAAACUGAAAGAUUUUUUGAUAAUUUUACAAGGACCUCACAACGGACAACACACACAGAAGCGAACAAAUAUGGAAGUUUAUAUAUAUUUAGAAAGUGAAAUUAUUUGUAUGUUGGAGCAAAGAACAAAGGAAAUGAGAUGAAGUAAUAAAAUGCAAAAUACAGAAAUGGUUAAAGAAUCAACUAAAUGUAACUUACAUGAUAUGAAUUUAGAUCGUAAGCAUGAGUAGAAGUGAUCGUAAUUUAAAAUUAAUACAGACACAGUGGAAACAAUUAAAUUACAAUACAAAAUUAACAAAAACGGAAAAAAUUAAAUGAGUAUAUCUAAACGAAAACGUGUACGAAAAGCAACAGUAAAAUAUUGUAAAAUGUAAUAUUUAUUAUAACACUAUAUUUACAGUUAUAAACAAACGCGCAGGCAAUACAGAAAUAUGACCGAAGUGGGCAAGCGGAUCACGUCAGAAAAAAUUUGUUUAAAUCAGCUCACUAGAAAAAGUCGACAAUGACUACCUACUUUUUCAUAUAACACAGAACGCUUAGCGAACAUUUUAAAGCCAACUCUAGCGUUUCAUGUGCAUACUGCAACUAGCUCUCCAAAUAAUCUUAACCUUAAAUCUAUUUAUCCUACCUAUAUAUGAUCUAUGUCUAUCUAUAAUAUAUUUAUAUAUAAACAAUUUACACGUUUUGUUAGAGCAUCUAAGCAAAAUGAAGCGAAAUGAUAUAAAUCUAUAUCAGACCCACGACUGCUAGAAUUUCAUACGAGAACUCUUGACAAAUCAAAAUUUCAUAAAAGUAUUUAGCGAACUUACUUCUACAACUGCAUAGAGCCGAAGCUACCCAGAAUACGUUAACGAUUCCAGUUGGACCCUUUCACAACAACCACUUCUACUAAACAAUCAGCAAAGGUUAAGGACGGGGAUCAGAUCGGUGUCCUUGCUGAUCGUUGGUAUGCAGCGUUCAAAGAGUAAUCAAAUAUUUAGCCCAACGAUAAUAUAGAUACAAAGGCGCUACUGCGUGCAAAUGUUGAUAGUAAACACGACACCGAGCAGCAUACGAAUUAAUAUACUUAAUAGAGAAUAUAAAUCAAAUACUAUCAUAAAUAUACAUUCAAUCCAGAUACAGUAACAAAUUGCGAAGUCGGAGGCGAGAAGUCAGAUGCGCAAAGUAGGCAAUGCUAAUUGACAAACAGUACACAAAAAGUAUUACUUUACCAUGUAGAGAAACGACUAACAAUUAAUUUACACUUAAACUGAAGUCUCGUAUUGAAGAACCGAUUAAACAAACAGAAUCAAAUAAGAACGAGUUGCAUUGGCCGAAGUCAAAAUGUCGAAACCAAUGUGAUCUUGAACGGCUUAAUCGCAGGAAGUAACAUAAUUCAAUCGGAAUAAUUAGUGAUGAGGUCUUAGAAAAGCCAACAGUUUUAUGUUGUACAUUAAUAGUUGCAAGAAGAAAUUUUACCGUAAUUCAUAGUGAAACAAAAAGCGAAGACUAAUCGAAAGUUACAUAUAUACAAGGAGAGCACAUGUUCGAAUGUUGUGAGCCAUGUGUGCCAUGUGUGUGUGGUAUAACACACGCAGGCUUAUCUAUGUGCUACUUUAACAGUUAAAUGAAAACAGAUAUAUGUGUAUUGUACUAUAUGUAAUUGUAGGUAUAACUAUACAUUAGUGUCGACGAGAACGCAGCACAUUAUUAGAGAUAUACCGAUUGACUAAACAUGGAAUACCAGAGUUAAAACUAAUCACAAACUACAAUCAAGUCAACGUAAAGAUGGGAGAGAAACAGUUUUGAGUUACGGAACUACAUGCACAACAUAUUUGACAUGAACAGAAACAUAUCAGCAUUUUUUGACACAUGAAAAGUUUAUUUAGACCCCACCUUUUGUUGUGUAGAUCCCUUAAUUUAUGUUAUUUCCGCCUUACUUGAGACCGUUAUUUUUCAGUAUUGUCCAAAUACACAAAAGGGAUGCAUUAUAGAAGCAGUGUUUGCUACAAAUUGUUAGUUCGGCAAAAGUAAAAAAAAAAAAUUAUUUAUUUAAGAAGUAAGCAUACGCUGAAGUCAUAGAUGGAAGCAUAGGGAAAUUUUUCGGAAUAUUAGAAGAGACAGACGAUAAUACAACAUUAAGCAGAGAUGUUAAUAUUCAUUUGUACAGAAUAGCAGUUUGUCUUUGUUGUUUUUUUAUACAGAGUAAUUAUCUUUUUGUCGCUCAGCUUCAGUUGAGAUAUCCUUUGUAAGCAGAUAAUAUGUUGUUUAUGGCGAAUUCAAAUAACACGAAUCAAAAACGUAUGUUUAUGGUUUUUUUUUUUGGUUCGUAAAAUUAGACCAACUUAGAAAACGAGUAUACUAUACAUUACCUUUACCUAUAGUUAGCUAAAUCUGUAUGUGCUUCACAUGAUGCUUUUGCCCUAAUUGUUUUCCACAGCAUUUUUGAGACCACUUAGUAAAUCAUAAAAGUUCAUAACAGGCAGAAGUUCCUACUUUAUAGUAAAAAGGUAAACGUUUAAAACAUAACUAACAAAGAAAACUAGCAUCAGUGAAUUUAAUACGGAUACACUUAAAUCAAGUACAAUUUUAAUUUGAUUUUCUUACCAAUUGCAAUUUUCCCUUCUUGCUUUUAUUAAGGGUUUGAUUUUCUUGGUCUGUCUAAUUCCUGGUAAUAACUAAUGCGGUUUUUCAUAGGUCAGGCAUUACUGAAAAAAUUGUAUAGGGGCCAAGUAUCGAUUGAAUGACUAAAGUAAAGAAGAGUGCCGGUAAAGACCAGCCAAUUAUUUGUUUUAUUGGUACCCCAGUCUUCAGAAGAAAUUAAAAAUAAAAGCUAUGUUAGUCACCGCACACUUUCACUAUCAGGCAUUAGCUUGCCAGAAAGUCUGGCAAGCAACCUCAACUCUUAACUGCUUAACUAACUGAACUGCGAACAGACACACGCGAAACAAUCAAACAUUUCUGAAAUCAAACUUUUAGUAUAUACAAAGCAAGAACACCUUGAAACUUUUGCGCUCUCUAAUUGUACAACUUAAUGGUAAUACGACAAAUUAAUCAUUUUAUGCUCUAAAUGAUAAAGUAAAACUAAACGGCGAUGUUUACGUAAUGCAAGAUUUUUCUCACCAAAUUUUACUACAAAUCUCUUAUGUGUAUAUAAAAAAUCAAAAGCUAAAGUGUAUGGAUAUAUUUAAAUGUUUUGUGAUCGCGCAGAAAAGCAACACUAAAACAAAAGCAGCGCAUGAAUCAUCAAAACGAAUUAACAUGACUCUUACAUUUUUUAAGUCCUAAGGUACAUUUUCAUAUUGCAAUUGAAUUUGAAGGCACAAUGUGAAAUGCAAGAUAAAACUGUACGUAGGAAUCGAUGCAUUAAGCUUGAUAAGCUGAAGGUACUUAGAAGUAAAGAACAAACUGAAGACGAGUGGCAGUAACAAAGUUGAAAAGAGAACGAAUUUGCAGCCUGCGGCGAUGUCACCGAAACAUUCUAUUACGCGCAGCAUUGGGAUUGCAAUAAUACGAGAAAGAAUAUUUGUUAUGUUACAAGCAUUAAUUAAUUAAUUAUUAUAAUAAUUAUUAUUGAAAAUAUUUGAGAAAUAAAGAUAAAAUAAAAUGAUUCG